CCACGACCAAACGACUUGCAGCUCACGUCUCGUCACCCUCGUUUUUGUUUCACUGUGACCCCGUGCAUGCGAGGCGCGUCGUGGCCGGAGCUGGGGUAAACGGAAUCCUGCGGGGGCCGUCCCCUCCGUCCCCCAUCAGCCCGGUCUCCUCUCGUGGCCCCAAAAAUGGCGCCAAUCCCUCCACAAUCUCCCGCGCGGCCCACCCGCUGCCUCCCCAUCCCCUGACUGACCUAACGCAACAGCACCCAAACCCUAACCCCCCCGGCGACCCGAUGGCCGACCCCAUGGCGCCGCCGCCCCGGCCCAAGUCGCGGGGGAGCUAUAACUGCGGCCGGUGCGGCCAGCCCAAGAAAGGCCACGUCUGCGCCGUCCCCUCCCCCGCCGCGGGGCCCGGCGCCGCCCCGACCCCGUCGCCCUCCUCCUCAUCCGGGGCCGCCAGCGCCAGCGGCGGAGGGGAGCAGAGGCUCCGUCGCGUCCUCUCCUUCGACGAGGCGGAGAAGAAGCCGAAUGUGGAGGAGGGGGUCAGGGACGUGGAGAUGGGAGGCGGUGAGGGGGAGCUGGAGGAGGACGGGGAGGCGGUGGAGGUAGGCGGUCGGCCGGUGCCGAGGGAGGUCAUGGCGGAGGUGCUGCGGCGGCUCGGGCCCCGGGGGAUCAUGACCGCCGCGGGGGUCAGCCGCGGCUGGCGCGACUGCGCGAGCUGGGUCUGGCGGGCAACGGAGGAGCUCCGCCUCCGCGCCGCGGGCGUCGGGCUCGUCGGCGCGCUGCUCCCGCGGUGCCCCGGGCUCUCGCGCCUCUCGCUCCGAAUGGAAAGUGAUGUUGAUUCCACUACACUGGUACGUCUUGCAUUUUCUAGCCCAAGUUUAAAAACUCUCGAGAUUACCAUAGCUGCCAAUGCAGUCAACAGGAUGACUGGAGAGGAUCUAAGUCGUUUUGUUUCAGAGAAGUGUUCUCUCACAGUCCUCAAAAUUGGUGGCUGCUCUAAUUUGGAUUUUCUUAAUUUAAGCUCUUCAAGCCUUUCAAUUCUUUGGCUGUCAGGUCUUUGUUCCCUUUCAAAAUCGGUCAUGAACUGUCCUAGCAUGAGUGAGCUCUCACUGUGCUUCGCACAACAAAGUAAUGAUUGUACUGAUCUGGUUACUUUGAUGGAUGGCCUGGGUGGUACAUGCCCUAACUUAAAAAAAAUACACAUAUCAUCAAAUCAGUUAUCCAAUGAAGCUGUACUUGCUCUAGAGAGUGCUAAUCUCAGGGGAUUGUGUAUGCUAUCCUUGAUUCUAGGUUCAAAGAUAACAGAUGCAGCUGUUGCAUCUAUUGUUCGAUCAUGCACAAGCUUGGAGUUGCUUGAUUUAAGCGGAUCUAGCAUCAGUGAUAAUGGUGUCGGGAUGAUCUGCAAGGCGUUCCCUCAUACUUUAUCAAGGCUACUCCUUGCUCUUUGCCCAAACGUGACCACACGUGGGAUCCAGUUAGCGACAGCGCAGUUGCCACGUCUUCAACUCAUGGACUGUGGAAUGAGCCUAUGCGCUAAUUUGAAGAAUGAAAAAGAAGGGCCAUGUUUUGGCGAAAUCAAUGGAGGCAUUAGAUUUAUUCGAAAGUCAUCCACCUUACAAAAGCAACCUAUUCACCAAAAGCUUAUUAUAAAGCAUGGUAAUUUGAAGAAACUCAGUCUAUGGGGCUGUUCAGCGAUAGAUGCUCUAUAUGUAAAUUGUCCAGAAUUAAAUGAUCUCAAUCUGAACUCUUGCACAAAUCUACAUCCAGAACGUCUGCUUCUUCAGUGCCCAAAUUUGAAGAAUGUCCAUGCAUCUGGAUGCCAAGAUAUGUUGAUCGGAGCAAUCAGAAAUCAGGUUCUGAAUGAGUUCGCUGCAGCUGAACCAUAUCUUCCAUGCAAGCGGCUAGCAGAUGGCUCAAAACGGGUCCAGGUCUCGCAGUUCGAACAGCGUCAGCCAUCGGAGGACAACAAAUUGAUCCAAUUGAGAUGGACCCAGUGCACUGUGCAUCUUGAUCCAUUAUAACAUAGUCGGAGCUAGUCAUCGUUCAGAAAAAAAAAACACCAGAGUAAGUUAACUGAGCAUUGUACACACCCAAAUAUGUGAAUCAUGCACAACAUAAUAUUAUUAAUUCGUUGUAUAAUUGCUGUAUUGCAUCAGAACCUUACUGCUUGUUGUAUAAGUUGCUGAUUGGUACCUAGGAUCUGUAUGAAUUCCUAUUGGGUUUCCUGUGAGUCAUUCGAACUCUCCUACGAAACAUGGUAGAGCAAUAAUUUGUAACCAUGAUCCUGUAUUCUCUUUGGAACAAUAAUGAGCUUGGUUCCCUUGAACUGUUGCUUA